UCAGUAACAAUCAGCAAAGACAGAGAUGUAUUGAACGGAACAAUUGACUCAUUUUAUGACUUAUCAAAAAUGACGAUGACUUUCAUAUUUUCAAUACCUAAAAGCAGUCAAGAUAAGAACUACGAGUUGACUAUCCUUAAUUCGAAAAUUUCAACAUGCAAAUUAAUGCAAGGAACAAGAGGAAACUUCCUUGUUCGGAUGUUAUUGGAUGAUUUUAACAAAUUUGUUAAUACAACUUUUCCAUGUCCAUUUCCAAAACAAAUUUAUGGAUUUUACAAUUUUAAGCCAAGUAUAAAAUAUCUUCCAUCACUGUUGACAAAUCGUGACAUCAAAUUUAAAUUGAUUGUGAAGACAGAUGGGAAGCUUAUGAAUUCCAGUAAUGCUGUGUGGUUGUAUUCGAUGAAGCUUCAUGGAGAACUAAGGAGUAAUUGAAGUGGUUUUGUAGUUUCUUAUGUAUGUUCUAAGGUAAAGAUGCCUAAGUGUAAGCUCAAGUUUAACUAAGAUUUACUGAAAGACCAGUCUUAAAUUGUUGAAAGAGUUGUCUGCAAAAAUAUGCAAUAAUAAAGCUUAUAUUCAACUUUAUAGCUUCAUUCAAGUUUCUAAGCCUGAAUUUAAUUAUGUCUUAUUUAUUUUUAUCAAUUGAUGUGUCUGAUCUCAUUUUGAACUAAGUUCCAAAGAUCAUUAUCACAUUUUUAACUUAGAGAGU